GUAUCCUCCCUCUUGAUUUCACUUGGACUGUCACUCCUACAUUCACUAAAAUAUUUGACAUUUCCACAAUUCGGAAUUUUGUUAAUGAUUGUUGAAACUGACUCCAAGAGAUCACAUAAAUUUCUAAGUGUUUCGUAGUAGCAUAACUAUUUAAUAAUCAUGCUUGUUCUAGUCUUGGGAGAUUUACACAUUCCACACAGAUGUAGUAGCUUGCCAAGUAAAUUUAAAAAGCUCCUUGUGCCUGGUAGGAUACAACAUAUUCUAUGUACAGGCAACCUUUGUACAAAGGAAUCCUAUGAUUAUCUCAAGACUUUGGCCAGUGAUGUACACGUAGUACGGGGUGACUUUGAUGAAAAUUUGAAUUAUCCAGAACAAAAAGUUGUUACUGUUGGUCAAUUUAGAAUUGGACUAUCGCAUGGUCAUCAAGUGGUUCCAUGGGGUGAUCCUGAAUCUCUAGCAUUAAUUCAAAGGCAAUUGGACGUGGAUAUUCUCAUAUCUGGUCACACACAUAAAUUUGAAGCUUACGAGCAUGAGAAUAAAUUUUACAUAAAUCCAGGUUCUGCAACUGGAGCAUACAACCCUUUAGACACCUCUGUAAUACCAUCCUUUGUGCUGAUGGAUAUCCAGAGUUCAACAGUGGUAACUUAUGUAUACCAGCUUGUAGGGGAUGAAGUAAAGGUGGAGCGAAUUGAGUACAAGAAGAGCUAAAAAAUAAAUGAGCAUUAUCGACUGCUGCCGAAUUUUCGUACUUUACAUAUACAUAUUUUUUUUUAUUAACGGCAUCUACCGAAAAGAGAUCUUAUACAGCGUGUGCAUUUGAUGAGAUACACGCGAUGUAUAUCCAUUUUUGAAUUCAAACUAUAUGUACCGUACGAUUUGUGCGCGAUGCGUGCGUAUAAUUAUAUAUACAUAUAUAAAGGUAGCCAUUAAGCACUACAAUACGUGAUUGAAGCGUUCGACGCUUUAUUGUAAAUAAAAAAUAAUUUAAU